UACAAGACUAAAGCAGCCAUCAUGUUCGCCGUCAAAGGCCUCAAAGUCUCCACCGACAAGCUCAAAGUCGAGACCGAGCAUGGCUCCGUCCUAGCGACCCAGCCCCCCCGUACCGUCGCCGCCGGCGAAGAAGGUGCUUCCGCUCCCAAGAACAAGAACAAGAAGCGCAAGAGAGCCGGCCGGUCCAACAACACGGAUGUGAACCUCGACAAUGUCGCCGACCUCUGGGAGAAAGUGAUUGAGGGCGGCGACGCCAAGGCCAAGAAGGCCAAAGAAGAUGCAAAGAAGGAAGCCCACAAGGCCAAGAAGCAAAAGACGGAGGAGGGUACUCCCACUGAGGCUACCACCACCACUACCGCUGCUCCCCAGCCAGCCACGGACAAGAAGAACAACAAGAAGAACAAGAACAAGAACAAGCAAGAGUCCAAGCCCGCCGCCGAAAAGAAGCAAGAUGCUACCACCACCACCGAAUCGAAACCCUCUGCUCCCGCCCCCGCCCCUGCGCCCGCAGCACCCAAACUCACCCCCCUCCAAGCCGCCAUGCGCGAAAAGCUCAUCAGCGCCCGCUUCCGCCACCUCAACGAAACCCUCUACACCCGUCCCUCGCGCGACGCCUUCUCCCUCUUCUCCGACUCUCCCGAGAUGUUCACCGAGUACCACGAAGGUUUCCGUCGCCAAGUCGACGUAUGGCCCGAAAACCCCGUGGACGGGUACAUCUCCGCCAUCAAGACGCGCGGGAAGUUGCGCAACGCUCCCCGCACGCGCCCCGGCGACGGCACCUCGGACGGGACCAAGUACCCCCUACCGCGCGACCGGAACGGACUGUGCACCAUUGCCGAUCUGGGCUGUGGCGACGCGAAGCUUGCGCAGGCGCUGGUGCCACUUAAGCGCAAAUUGGGCAUCGAAGUGAAGAGCUACGAUUUGCAAGACGGCGGGAAACCUGAACUCAUCACAAGGGCGGAUAUUGCCAACUUGCCGCUGAAAGACGGCAGUGUGGACGUGGUCGUCUUUUGUUUGGCGCUCAUGGGCACGAACUGGAUCGACUUUGUCGAGGAGGCGUACCGGGUGUUAAGAUGGAAGGGCGAGCUGUGGGUGGCCGAGAUCAAGUCGCGGUUCGUGGACCCGACCAGGAAAAAGGGCGGCGGGCCCGGUAAUGUGGUCAGCCACAGUGUGGGUAACCGCAGAAAGGCCGGUGCUGCUGCCGCCGGACCUGGACCUGCUCUUGGAAAGAAGGACAAGGCCAAGAUGAAGGAGGAGGAAGAGGCCGAGGAGGAGCAGCAGUUGGCUGUCCAUGUGGAUGGUGUGGAGCUCCGUCAGCAGGAGACGGAUGUCUCUGCUUUUGUGGAGGCGCUGCGGAAGAGAGGAUUCCUCCUGCAGAGGGAGUACGGCCAGAAGGCGGUGGACAUGGAUAACAAAAUGUUUGUCAAGAUGCACUUUGUCAAGGCGGUGCCGGCCAUCAAGGGCAAGUGUGCGGACCUGAAGAAGGAGGCGCUCAAGACGACGCAGACGGAUGCCAAGGGGCGGCCUAUCAAGACGCCCAAGUUCAUCGAUGCCGACGAGGAGGCUUCGUUCAAUGAGAACGCUCUUCUGAAGCCCUGUGUGUACAAGAUCAGGUAGACGAACGGAUGUGUGUGUGUAUGUGUGAUUCAGUACGAAUAGUCAGUUAAUGGCAAGGCUUUUGAACUACUUCCUCUUUAAACACACACUUUAUCUUGACAUUGAUAUGUAAGCUUGGUACUCUGUCCUAUGUAGUUGUAUGCUACAGACCUUGUCAAUACCGAUCUGGUCCUUAUCUUUUACUUCUACAAGUCCCAUCGUAGUUACAGCUCGUCUUGAACAGGUCCGAAUAAACUGGUUAAGCAGCAGGAACAUGGUCUAAGAAGGCUUCAAUGGUUGUGGAGAUCUUUUGUUUGAUUGCCCAUAUCAUCAUAACCUUGAUACCAUCCCUUUACUGUCCAUUCAACUCUUGACGUCCAAAUGUUAUGGAUUUGCGCCGCUUCCAUCUGAUCCCCUAAAAGCAGAUAUAUGCUCUCUAUGUUCAUGCCAACAACUCCCAACUUCCUUAAUUUAUUAGAACCCCUCAAAGAUCAAACUGGCCGCAUAUUCAACGUUCCCGUCCGUUGCCUCCAAAGCCCGAAUCGCCUUUUGCUCAUCAGCACCGAGUGCUACAAGCUGCUCAAUAUGCUCCCGAGGAAAAGACCGGGCCUGGGGCGCUCGAGGUGCGGAAGCGGAAGCGGAAGCGGGAGCGGGAGCAGAGGGACCCGGCUGUGCAGCAGUAGACGGACCAGCCUGACCCUGGCGAUGCUGUGCAGUACCAGGUCCCGAAACCGCACCGGUACGCUGGCCGAUGGUCGUGCCGCCGGGGCCCUCAAUCGUAGGCUCAUCCUGAAGCGCCUCCUCCGUCGCCUUCGGUAUGUCCGCCUCACCCAAAAAGGGAAUCUCCUCGCCCUGGAUGACGAGCGCGUUCUUGGCCAGAUCGAUACAAGCCUGGUAACGCUUCAACAUGUCCAAGCCGAGAAGCAUAUCCACAUUCUUGCCCUCCAUGACGGUAAAGCUGCAUGGCAGGAAGAGCGAGCCGAUCUUGACAGGAG